GAGAAAGACGAGUUCGUGUUGGAUCAUUUAAGAAAGACUUUUGAGUAUCGAAACAAAGCUUUCAUUGCUGUUUCUUUUUCAAAUUCUGACAGCAACUGGGAAGAAGUGGUGAAAGAAAAUAACGGUCAAAAUUAAUUGAGCGGUUAGUGUGCUAAGAAACCCGAAAGCUAUGAAGCCUAUUAAGUAGGCCCACAAAGCGAAGUCAUAAAAGAAACCCUAAAUGGUUAGAUCCGAGGUUAAAGAGAAAGAAAAAAAGAUGAUGAAGAACGUCAACAAGGCGACGCCUGUGUAUGCGACAUCUGAAACUUUGGUGUGGUGGGACAUGGACAGCUGUCCUCUCCCCAAUGGUUAUGACCCAAGUCGACUCGGUCCGAGAAUAGACACGGAGUUGAAGAAUCUAGGCUACAAUGGUCCGCUCACCAUCAUUGCCGUUGGCAACCUGGACGGGAUCCCUUAUGAAUUCCUGAAAGUGCUCUCUUCCAACGGUUUCGCUAUUAAACACUCAGGACAAGACAUUCAUGGGGAUAUGCGCGAAUAUUUCAUUUCGCGUAGCAGACUUUGUCAGCCUCCUCCGGUGACAAUAAUGAUCAUAUCCGGCGUUCCCCUUCUACUGGAAUCAGUCACUAGAGAGAUUUACGUGAGGCCUGACUGUGGAUACAAUCUUCUUCUGGCAUAUCCACCGCAUAGUGAACCUAAACAACCACAUCCUUCAUCCUUUGUCCGCUUUGGUGGAGAGUGGCUCUGGGAUAGGGCUAGCUUACUGAAAGGGUCCUCCAACGAGGAGAAAAGAAGACUCGACAAAGGCAGUGUAAUUCCGUUUUCUUGCGGAUUAUGCUAUUUUUUCUGCCCCAGCUUUGAAGAUUUCACCAGUCACCUCCAGAGCGCCAAGCAUGCACGCAAGGUUGAAGUGGAUAAUGGUGGCAGGGAUACCAGGUUUAAGCUGGCUCUUAAAGAAUUAGAGGCGGCUAAGCUCUCAGAGCCUUAUCUUGAUCAAUUGAGGUCAAAACAAUCCUGCUUUAAUCGUAUUUAUAAGCGUUGUACUACCUUGAAGACGCAAUCUAAGGCAGAAAUGUCGAAGUUUCAAAAAGUUGUUUCUUCCCCUCCAAAUAAUUCUACUUCUAAUACGAAGAAGGCAAAAAAAAAUGGAGGUUGAAAAAGAAUUCGAGUCUUCCCUUCCAAAGACUGGUCUAUUGUUAAAUGAUCAGAUAUGGUUAUGGCGUGCCGAACUUAUGUUUUUAUAAAAACAAUGAUAAUAAUGUGCUUUUUUUUUAUGAGCAAAUAUUAAUUUGCCUAA